UGAGUCUGGAAUAUGACAGCGUCAAUCAUGCUUAAACAACACGUUGUCAUGCUGUCGAAGUCUGAACCAAUCAAGAUCCAUAUUGACCGAUGCCGCAAUGCAUACUGGGCACUAAUCCAUUUUUUCGAGUAAGAAUCAGAAAAAAGAACCAAUGCGUUUUACAACUGGACUAUCACAGCUAUCCCAGUAAAGAUAUGGCAUAUAAAUUCAAUGCCAAUAUUUAAUGUUUACACAUUGUGUCCAACAGAUGGGUUCAAGUGGAUUUCACUACCUUCGCAGAGGACGAAAGGACAUGUUGGUUCUACUGUUCACAUCAAGUGGCAUUACGAAUGUAAUGACUUUGGUUUCUCUAGAAUCUAUUACAACAAUAGACAUCUAUUCUCUCGAAAAGCAAACAAACAAUAUUAUUAUGCAUUGAAAAGUGUAGUUCCUCAUUUCUCUGUUAUUGGUGGAUCAAAUGUGACAAUUAUCAUCCCUGAUAUUGAUAAAAAUAAAAGUGGAUCAUAUUGCUGUGAGGUUGAAUGUGAUCGUGGUGAUAAAGAUGAGGCAUGCACAAUUCUCGUCAUAUAUGCUUUGCCUCGUAUCAACUACCUGACCUCACACUUUUAUGGCAGACAAGGAGAUUCAGUAACACUAAGAUGUAAUGCCUCUGGAUAUCCAGCACCUCGUAUUACAUGGAUACACAAGAAUACAAACAAAACAAUUGCUAAUUCCAGUGCAACGUCAUUCAACAUCACUGAUAAAGGAUCAGGAGGAAAGUAUUGCUGUCACGUUUCAAACGGUUUUGGGAAUGAGACCAACUGCACGUCCCUUGAAGUAAUAGCUUUACCUCGUAUCAACAAUCUGACCUCGCACCUGUCUGGUAAUCAAGGAGAUUCAAUUCCAUUAAGAUGUAAUGCCUCUGGUAAUCCAGCACCUCGUGUUACAUGGAUACACAAGGAUACGAACAGAACAAUAGCUAAUUUUAGCGUGACGUCAUUCAACAUCACUGGUAAAGAAUCAGGAGGAGAGUAUUGCUGUCACGUGUCAAACCGUUUUGGGAAUGAGAUUAAUUGUACUUCCAUUGAAGUAAUAGAAUAUCAACCGAUAGAUACAGAGCUGACAUCGCAGAUAAACUGUACAACAGCAAAUAAAACAUUCAAAAUAUUAUGUAAGGCAGACGCAUCGCCAUCAGUGCAAUACUUCAUCCAACAAGGGAACAAAACAAUGGUCAAUUCCUCUGAUGGUAACGCCACAAUUACUACAUCAGAGAAUGGAUAUCUUAAUUUCAGUUGUAUUGCAAAGAACAAAUUUGGACAAGGAAAAACAGUGCAUCUUGAAAUACCAAUCUGUCGUAAGUAGCAGUCUUAAUUCUCUUUAGUUAUUGAUCUUUUGGAAGAAAAAAAAAAUCAUCAUAUUUAUUAAAAAUUUUAUUAUAAUGAGCAUUAUACUUAUCAUGUUUAGAAAAUUGCACUACACCUUUUCAAUACGCUAGCGCUUACCCAACGGCUUUCACUCUGAAUAAUAAUCGACAAGAAAAUUAACCAAUCAAU